AUGGCGGCAGGGGUUCCCCCACCAGCAGCACCACCCCGACAAGCACCUCCACCUGGCCCACUGCCACCUGUCAUGGGGGGCCCUAGAGCACCGGGGGGUCCAGCAAUAGCAGGACCACCGCGUCUAGAACUUCCCCCUGGCAUUCAGCCACCUCAAAUUGGUGGACCCGGACCACCAGCGGGACCGUCCCGUCCAGGACCUCCACCUGGGCCCCCGCCACCUGUCAUAGGGGCCCCUAGACCACCGGGGGUUGCCCCACCAGCAGCACCACCCCGACAAGCACCUCCACCUCGGCCACCGCCACCUGUCAUGGGGGGCCCUGGAUCACCGGGGGUUCCAGCAAUAGCAGGACCACCGCGUCCAGAACUUCCCCCUGGCAUUCAGCCACCUCAAAUUCGUGGACCGGGAGCACCAGAGUCCGCAGCAUCCUCCGCCGCCUAUUGCCCACCUGGUGCCACAGACAGCGAGGACUGCGAAGGCCGCCUUUCACCUGGAAGUUGGAGGGACGAGGAAGCAGGUAUGCGAAGCAAGUGCGAGACAAACUGGCGCACCACUUCGUCGCAGACGGUCAAGUUCCCUGGCAAGACAAAGUGGUGA